CUCACAACAUAAACGCUGACAUGAUGAUUGCCAUCUUGAACUUAUUAGAAAUAGCCAUAGUCUGCAAUUUCUCCUUCUCUAGCUGUCUCCCUGGGCAUCAACUUCAUCGCAAUGUACAACGAGGUUCUGCUGCAGAUGCACGACCACAUGUUCACGUCUCGUUUGAGGCACCCCAGCCAAUCCCAUCAUGCAGGUUACCCGUGAUCACGUGUUGGAAGAAGCAAUCCGACCCAUUGUCCCGUUUGAAUGUGGGAGCCUCAUUUGUAGUAUUUUGGAAUCUACGUCUUCUCUUGGGUGGGAGGCUGCCAAAAGAUCAGCGAUGCAAUGCAGCUUGUCUGUUGUUUUCGCUGUAAGGAGUAACUUAAUAUUGUUUGAAGACACCCCGAGUAAGAAUAUGACUUGUAAAAGCACCGGUGCAAGC